UGAAUUUUUUUAUUUUAUUUUCAAACACUGAUUGAUUUGAUUUUGUAUUUUGUAAUUGCAAAAAUGUGCAAUAAUUGUUUUCACAUCUUUUUGAUCUGAUCAUUUUAUGGAUUUCUACCCCCGCUCACUACAAUAUAACUAAAUUUUUGCCUUCAUAUUAGAAUCGAAUAUAUUUGCCUUUCCGUUACUUUUGUAUUUGCUAAUUCGAAUUGAUAAUGUUCAAAGCAUUGAAAGAAAAAGUUUCCAAUGAAUAUGAAAAGGCCAAAGUGAAUAUACAAUCACAGGCCUUGAAUCUGGUUAAUAAUGGUACCAUUAAUUCAGUGACAGAUAAAUUGAACGAUUUAAAAUCACUGAAUGAAUCCACUUCAUCGUCAUCGUUAUCAUCACAGCUUCAACAACAACAACAGCAACAACAAGAUAGCUCAUCACAUGUAGAGCCUACAACAUCAAAAACUGUUGAUAGUGGCCAAAAAUUAAACGAUAAUCCUGAAUUCAGUCUAGUCGAUCUUGAUGAUGAGAAUGAUAAAUUAAAACCACUACAAUCAUCAACAUCAUCGACGACUGAUCGAAAUGAAUCAAAUCAAAACAAUGAUGUGGAUACGAAUUCAUUUUUCAAGAAUAAAUUCUCUAAUUUUGUCAAUAAUUUAUCACAAAAUUUUUCCAUUCCACAAUCGGAUAGUGAAUAUGAAUCCGAAUCAUCUGCACGUAAUAUGGAAAACAUAAGCAAGGAACAAUUGAUGGAUCUAUGUGGCCGAUAUAAAGAACGUAGCCGUAAAUAUCGUGAACGUUGGACAGAAGUGGUGAAAGCGUAUAGAGAAACUGUAGAAGAAAAAGAUAAACUAAAAACAGUGUUGACCGAAACACAGGACAAAGCCAUACGACGUAUGAACGAAUUGAAAGAACAAUGUACAUUGGAACAAGAAGCAAAAAGACAUCUUGAAGAAAAUUUACGGAUUGUGAUUGAAGAAAAAGUGGAACAGAUAAAAAUUUUGCAACAACAAUUUGAAGUAUUAAAUGCAGAAAAGAAUUCUCAUCCAUCAGACAUUUCCAAUGAUCGAAAUGAUGAAUUAGUGAAAAAAAUUGAACGUUUAGAAUCAUUACUGGCCAAAUGUAAUGAAUCAUUGAAAUCAAAUAAAGAAAAACUGGAUUCAGUGAUGAAAGAAAAUGAAUCACUUUUAAUAUCCAAACAGGAAGCGGCAAAAUUACGUGAAGAAAUUGAACAGCUACGUCGAUUAAAGGAUUCGGCAAGUGAAUCAUUUAAUGAAGCUAAACAACGACUUCAUGAUGAACUUGAAUCUAGAAAAAUUGUCAUCAAAGAACUUAAAGAUCAGCUAGACAAACGCGUAGCCGAAGCAAAACAUAGACAAGUGGAAUUGAAAGCAAAAACCGAAACGAUUAAAAGUUUGCAGGAAAAAUUAUCCAAAAACGAAAGAGAACAAUCGAAAUUUGUCGAUGACAAUACAAACGAAUUAAAACAGGCUCGUGAAGAAUUGGACACAAUACGAAAAGAAAUGUUAACGUUACGUGAUGAAAAUAAAACACUUAAGUCAACGUCAAAUCCACAGGAAUUGUCCGCGAUGGAAUCCCGUUGGCGAUCGGCCCAAGAAGAAGUGAUUAAAUUAACCGAAAUGGCUGACAAACAGCAACAAUCAUUUGAACAGCAAUUGGCAGAAGGUGAAAGUAAACGACAAAAUUAUGUUGAUCAAAUUGAAUCGCUACAGAAAAAACUGACCGAUAUUGAACAAGCAGAAGAAAAUCUUCGAAUUGCACAGGAGCAAAUAUCCAAUCUGGAAACCAGUAAUCAACAGUUGACUGAACAAUCAAAAAAUCUUGAAGAACAAAUGGCUCAAUUACGAAAAGAAUCCGACCAAAUACAAUGUAAAUUACGUGAUGAAUGUGAUCGAUAUCGUUUGGAAUCGAAAUCGAUUGCUAGUGAUCAACAGAUGCAAGAGAAAUUCAAUAGUCUCAACGUUCAAUUUGAACAACAAUCACAUGAACUUGAUGAAUUUAAAAAAUUAUUCUCUGAAAAACAGAUGGAAAUUGAUUCCCUUAAAUCACAACUAUCUGAUUUGAUCACCGAAAAUGGUCAGCUCAAAAAGGAGAAUGAUGAAAGACAAGCAACCAUUCAACAAUUAAAUUCGGAUGUGAAUAAAUCGACAAAAGCAAUGGAAGUUACAAAAAAAUUGAUGCAAAAAUUUCGCGACGAUUUACAAUCAUUACAAGCAACCAUCAAUUCAUUACAGCAAACAAAUGAUCAAUUGAAAGUGGAAAAUGAUCAAAUUCGUGGCCAAGAGAUUGAAAUGAAGAAUCAUUUUGCUCGACUUUUACAAUCCAUUUUCAACGAUAUGAAUAUUGACGAAAACAACACCGAAUCCAUUGAUAAACAUUCGGAAGAGUUUAAAUCUCGUUGCCUUCGAUUGAUCGAAGAGAAUGCUAGUCUCAAAACAACAGUUGAUCAAUCAUCAGCUGAUGCUGAUAAAAAUCUUCAACUUCAAAAUCAAAUUGAAACAUUACUGUUGGAAAAGAAAAAUCUUUCUGAUGAAAUUGUUCAAUUACGAAAAAUUGAAACAGAAUUGAAUGAUAUGCGACAAAAAGUCGAACAGAACCAUGAUCAAAUGGAUGAAUGGCGGACACGUGAAUCACAAUGGAAUAAUGAAGCGGUAAAACUUCGUAAUGAUCUUAAAGAUCAGAAAAAAGAGCUAAAAGCCAAAACAAAUCAAUUGCAAGAGCAAAGUCAAUUCCUGAUACAAAUACAGGAUAAUUUGGCAAAAAAAGAACAAGAAAUUGAAAAUAUGAAAACUGAAAUCGAUAAUAUACGAUCGAAGAAUAAUGAAGAAACGGUCACUAUACAAAAUGAAUUACAAUUACAAUGUCAACGCAAUGAACAAUUACAAUGUGAAAUGGUCGAAAUGAAUGCACAGAAUUCAUCGUACAUUGAAGAGAUUUCCAAAAUCAAAUCAAAUGCAAAAGAAAUUCUUGAAUCAAAACAAAGAUUAAAAGAUACAUUACAGAAAUCUGAAUCACAGCUGAAAUCCAUUAAACGACAGCAACAACAAAAUCAAGAUUAUACGAAACGAAUCGAACAAUUAACGAAUGAAAUGAACACUGUGUUAGAAGCUCGUAAAGAAUUGGAAAAAACUGUUGCACAACAAGAAAACACUAUAAAACAUAAAGAACAGAAUGAAAAGUCAUUGGUGACCAAGAUUAAACAACUUGAAGAAAAUAUUUCUAGCGAACAGGAUUCUCGUGACGAUCGAAUUAAAACGGCUCAAGAUGGCCUACGAAAAAGUCGUGAACAGAUUGCCGAAUUGCAAGAAAAAUUACGAACACGUGAAGUUUGUGAACAAGAACUUCGUACCGAAGUGAUUGCAUUGGAAGAGAAACUGAAAUCAAGUGUAAAAAAUGAACGAGAUGUGAAAGAAGAAUUGAAACUAAAUGAAGAAUUGAAUGGAUCGCUUAAAGAACAAUUGAAUAAAAUGAAAUCUGAAAUGAAAGAAAUGAAAAUAACCAUGGAUUCAAUGCGUGUUAAACAUGAAGAAACGAUUGAAUCAUUGUAUAAACAGCUGGAAAUACGAGAAUUACAAUUGGAUGAAAGUCUAAUGAAUGCUUCAUCACAACAAAAUUCAACUAAUCAAGAGCUAAUCAAAUCUCGUAAUGAAUUGACAAAAUUACGUACACAGAAUGAAGAGUUGACCAUUAUGAAUGAAAAUCUGGAGAAAAAAUUGAAAACAAUAUCGGAUAAUAGUGGUGAACAGGUGGCCAAAAUUACCAAACAAUAUGAUAAUCAAAUUGAAACAUUACAAACAACCAUAGAGGAAAAGAAACAAGAAUUGGCCGAAAAAAUGGAACAAUUUGAUACGAUAGAAAAUCGAUUAUUAAAUGAACAUAAGAAUGCCAUCACAUGUUUACAGAAUGAGAUAAAUGAAAAAAAUACUGCAUUAGAAGAAGUGCAUGAAUAUUAUCAACAACGAUUAAAAGCAAAAGAUAAUGAAUUGAAACAUUUACAUGAACAAUUGACCGGUACGGAUAGAAAUAAUUAUCAAAUUAAUGCAUUACAGAAUUCAAUCCUACAAUAUCAGUAA